AUGUCCUCAUCUCCGGCUCCGGUGUCCCCACCGGCGACAAACACCACAACGCCGCCUCCCGCAGCGUCGUCCACUUCUCCACCACCACCAGCAGCCUCAUCUCCGCCGCCGGCAUCUUCGCCGCCGGCAUCUUCGCCUCCACCACCCGUAGCGCCAGUCGCUUCUCCGUCGCCGCCGUCAUCAUCGACCACCCCAUCGACGCCGUCGAGCUCAUCAUCGAGUGUAUCGACAGGGCUUGUAGUUGGGAUGGCCAUAGGUGGUGUUGCGAUCCUUGCAUAUCCAAGGCGGCCUGAGAGCCUCGUAUUGCGCCAGUUUUGCCUGGAAGUGAAACCAGGAACAAGCGUUGGGCUUGUGGGGAAAAGCGUGUGUGGGAAGUCGACGGUGAUUGCGUUGGUUCAGAGAUUUUAUGAUGUCGAGAGAGGGGCAGUGAUGGUGGAUGGGGUGGACAUAAGGUCACUUGACAUCGGGUGGUAUAGAAGGCACAUAGCACUGGUUAGUCAAGAACCGGUGUUAUAUUCAGGCAGCAUUCGAGACAACAUUGUGUUUGGGAAGCUUGAUGCGAUCGAGAAUGAGGUUGUGGAGGCUGCUAGGGCUGCCAAUGCUCAAGAAUUCAUCUCAGCACUGAAAGAUGGGUACAAAACUGAAUGA